AUGGAUAAGAGUGACGUGGAAGCAUUAACAAAAGUAAUCUAUGGAGAAGCAAGAGGCGAGCCAUAUGAAGGAAAGGUAGCAGUUGCUCAUGUAGUACUCAACAGAGCCAGAAAGAACGGUACAAGUAUCCAGACUGAGGCCAGCAGACCACAUCAGUUUGAUGGGUAUGGCGCUGCAGGAACCAUGUCAGAAGCUGGUGCACGAGCUGAAUGCGAACGAAUUGCUCAGGAUGUAAUUGCAGGACGGGUCAGCGAUCCAACUCAAGGAGCAAGACACUUUUGUACUAAAAAUUGUAAUCCAAACUGGGCAUCUGGAAAAACCCCGUGCGCAACGAUUGGGAAUCACAAAUUCUUUAACGAUGUCCAAUGA